ACACGGCUGCUACUCUGAAACCUAAUUUUAAAAAGUAACCUGUAGACUGGAUUAAUUUAACCUCAGGAUUAUUGAUAAACAAAUAUGGAACUUUAUAAUGACUUUUCACAAAUGCAUUAUUUAGAGUACAUUUGUAUAAUUUGUACCUUUAAUAGAGAAAGAUCAUAAUUUUUUUUUUUUUUAGUUUCAUUACUAAUUUAGGAGUAGAACCCAAUGAUCCUUAGGGAUUGAGAGUAGCGUCUACAGGGAUUUGUGUUCCCCUAUAAUAUAAACAGCUAUAAGCCAUUCCUGAAUUCGACUUCGGCUCUAGCUUUACAGUUUUAAAAGCUUUAGUAGGGCUGCACCUAAAGCGAAACAUUUGCAAAUACUGCUUCCAACUAUUGGUUGAUAAAUUGCUUUUUGAUUGGUUGAAAAAAAUAACAACCAAUGGUGACAUGGUAUCUGAAGAUGACCAAUUAUGAAGUCGUAUGUGCCGGUGCUGAGACCAUUUGUUUCUUGUAUCAAAUAGGAAGUCAGACUGCAAAAGCUACUCGUUUGCAUACGCUCCCUAUAUAUACAAGGGUAGCUGUGCCAUCCGCAUGCUAUUGUUCUUGAGCUAUUCAGCAAACGAUAAACUGCUACUAUGCCAGAGCCGGCAAAAUCUGCUCCUGCCCCCAAAAAGGGCUCGAAGAAAGCUGUGACCAAGACUCAGAAGAAAGGAGAUAAGAAAAGGAGAAAGACCAGGAAGGAGAGUUACUCUAUCUACGUGUAUAAGGUAUUGAAGCAAGUUCAUCCUGACACCGGUAUCUCCUCUAAGGCGAUGGGGAUCAUGAACUCCUUUGUAAACGACAUAUUUGAACGUAUUGCUGGGGAAGCGUCUCGCCUGGCGCAUUACAACAAGCGCUCGACCAUCACUUCCCGGGAGAUCCAGACCGCUGUGCGCCUGCUUCUGCCGGGGGAGCUGGCCAAACACGCCGUGUCUGAGGGCACUAAGGCCGUCACAAAGUACACUAGUUCUAAGUAAACUUUCAAAUCUUUUUUUUCGGCUAUAACCCAAAGGCUCUUUUAAGAGCCACCCACUCUCUCCACGGAGGAGCUGUAUUACUAUUUUAUUUACUCCUAUGCAGAACAACUAGUGUAUAGAAAAAGUAGGUUUUCAUUUUUCAGACAAACACUAACUAGACCUUUUACUACAAUCUAAAGCUUUAUUUGCUCUAUUUCAGUUACUAGUUUUCUUGGUGGUUAAAUAGGAUGGUUAAAUGUGUACUGCUUUAAAGUCAAGGCCUACAACUUCCCUUCCAAAAGCUACCCCACCCCUCACCAAGGAGCACGAAGGCAACCUUCUAGCACUACAGGUUUAUGUUUGAUCUUAAUCUCCAGGGUAUAUCGUAGUGAAAAUACUGUAGAGCAGGCAAGUGUGGAUAAGAAUAAGGUCUUUGAAGUCUAAAUUAACUUAAUUUAUUCCUUCAUUUUCCUCCAGUUCCUGAUUUGAGGAAUUCUCCAAAGCCUUUUACUGAAUAUUUAGAGUGGGAAAUGAGCAGGUUUUUAAAAACAGUUCAGGAGAGUUUAAUCCCUAUAACUGCUUAGAACUCCUAGUAUAGACUUACUGUGUAUACCUAACAAAAGAUUCUCUUUCUAUUGUUCUCAACUUCAUAACUUUCUGAAAGUUAUAGCUAAUACAGACUGUUUUCGGCAUCUUUGAGCAUUAGGAAAAUGGGGGGGGGGGAGAGAAGAGACUGUUCUCACGACUACUGAAAAGCAUAUCCUUGCAAGGUACGCUGAACAGUUGUAAAACCCGACUGAGGAGACGUGUCUAGAGUAUCACAGUGAAAACUGGUUGGUGAAGAGCACAGCUGUGCAGUAAAUGUGUAGCGUUCCUGAAACGACGCCUGCAUUGCACAUAUGAAUAUAGGGAUUUCAUCGCUUGUGUGGUGGAUGUGACCUCCAAAUGAGUCAGUUGUGCAGUGAUUCCUAAUUUGUGGGUUUUUAAAACCUUGGCACUCUAAGGUUCUUCGCCCUACAUGUCCUCUUUAUAAAUGCUUUAAAUUAGUAAAUGGCAGCAUGGUUCACUAGGUCACUAUCGGUUAGCGAACCGAAAAAAGGUUUUGAUCUUCUAAUAUUAACUAGGCAGCCAUAGGCAUAUCUAACACGGGGGAGGAGGAAGAUUAGUAGCGAGAGGGAAUAAAACAUAAAAUAAUAGCUAAACGCGCUGUGUAUUAAACAGUGAAAACAAAACUACGAAAGACUCACAUACACCCUCCCCAUCAAGAUAUCCGUGUUCAGAUUUUAAACGUGUAUGUCAGCGCUAGGUGCCCUGCUUUAAACCCAGGGCGGGAGACGGACCAAUCAUUGCAGAGCGCGGGCUUUUCAAACUCUCCACCAAUUUAGUCCUGCUUCCCGCAGCCAGUCAGGUGAUUGUUUCUAAGUCAAACAUUUACCCUUUGUCCCCUCACUGGAUCCCCUACCCUCCCCCUCUGUAGGCAGAACAAAGAAUGACCUGAGCACCACUUAAAAAUGUACGGGGGAGUAUUCCGAACAGGAGUAAGCGCCUAGAAACAGUAUCCAUAAAUAUUUCCUCUUAGCUUCCCUCAGAACGACAAAAGUAACUUUUUAAGUUACUUUGUAUUAUUUCCAGUAUUUUCUAUUAUUUAGUCACAAAAGGGGGGA